AUGGGUGUUCAGGGCUUGACCUCCUUCAUAGAGAAUCACCAGAACUUGUACCGGGAGGUCCGGUUCAGCAGGAGCCGGCUGGUGAUCGACGGCUGCAACCUCAACUACCUGCUGUACUGCAGCUCAGGUCUGGAUGAGAACCAUGGUGGGGAGUAUGCCGCCUAUGAGAGCUUGAUUGAGAGUUUCAUCACAGCUCUCAGAACCUGUGAGAUCGCCCCGUACGUGGUUCUGGAUGGAGGUUCUGGCUUAACCGAUAGAAAAGCAGAAACAGCAGUGAAGAGAGCUGAGGAUCGGAUCAACAAAAAAAACAGAGCUAGUGUAAACGGUCAGCAAAAUAAAUUCCUCCCUCGGAUGGCUGAUUUUGUCUUCAGACAGACGCUGGCCCGGCUAGAGGUUCCCAUGGCCCAAUGUUUUGAAGAAGCUGACCAGGAGAUAGCGGCCCUGGCCUCAGAGUGGCAGUGCCCGGUUCUCUCCAACGACAGCGACUUCUACGUCUUCCACCUGCCUGCUGGAUUUCUGCCCACGUCUCACUUCCAGUGGAAGGAGGUGAAAGGCAGCGGCUCCAGGAGCUACAUCUCCUGCAGGAGAUUCUACACCUCCAGCUUCUGCGCCUUCUUCGGACUCCAGCACCAGCUCCUGCCGGCCUUCGCCGCCCUGGCGGGUAACGACUACGUGAAGCAGAGAGGGAUCAAAUGGGCUAAGUUUGUCCCGGCAGGCAGGGAGACAAACCGCCCACAGCUGGAGGGGCUGCUCUGCUGGCUGAAGAACUUCCAGGAUCCUCAGGAAGCCUUGGAGGCCGCCGUGGUCCUGAUGGGACAACAGAGCGAGAACAAGAAGGAGGUCCUGCACAGACUGCAUGUGGGGAUGGAGGAGUAUGAGCCACGUGGGAGCAAGCUGAGCAGGUUCUUCCUCCAUGGAGCACCGCCUGAGUUUCCAGCACUGGAAGAGGAGGGCAAACUUGUUCCAGACUGGAUGCGGCUGCCUCUGACCCUGGCCCAGCUCAGUGGAUGUAUCCUGAAUGUUCUGUGUCUGCUCAGUGAAAAGAAGCAGUUUACAAAGACUGUGGAGAAGAUCGUUAAGGAAUGCAGUGGAACCAUCAAACCUCCUCAAUCUUCUCCAGAAGCUCCUUCUGCUCAGGCGGUGAACCAUCAUCCGGAGGCUGACCCAGGUCACCUGCUCAGUGCGAACGUGACCUCCAGGCCAAUCCGACAGGUGAUGUACGGGCUGCUGCUGGGCAGAGAGAAGUCAAUCCAGGUGCCGGAGUUUGACAGAGAAGGUCUGCAGCUGAUUUUCAUCUCAGUGGAACCAGUGUUCACCAGAGUCAGUGAGAGGCUGAGACUCUGCUCCCUGCAGGAGGCGGCGCUGUCGGACCGUCUGCGGGUCUUACUGGAAGCUCUGGGAGUGAGCGAGGAGUCUCUGGGCCUCCUGCCUCCUCGGCUGAAGCUCCCAGCAGCCGUCACCUGCUACUGGCUGCAGAGAGCUCAGCCUCCUCCAGACCUGCUGAAGGCGCUGCUGCAGGGGAUGAGCAACGAGAGCACGCCCACUCCCACCACAGCUCUGCUUGCAGAACCGGACCAGAAACUGGACCAGUGGCAGGCGUGUCUGAAGGACGCCAUUCACCUGAACCAGCUGCUGGGUUUCCCUCUGCCUGAACCAGACAUCGCACGGUUGUAUCAGGGGACGCUGGUCCACCAGCUGGUCCACAGGAUGAGGACCGGUGGAAGACUGAAGACCUUGCUGAAGAGUGACGGGCCCAGCAAGAAGCUCUACCGCACCAUGCUCUCCAUGGUCCAGUCCCAGGCUCAGCGGGUGCUGGUGGCCUCAGAGAACCUGCAGAAGGCGCCGACCCACCAGCAGCAGGACCUGAAGGACCUGAAGGACCUGAGCACCAACCUGCAGCACCAGGACGAGGAGACGGAGAACGAAGUUCAGACAGCGAUGGCAGCACAGGAGGAGCACCUCCUGGUGAGAACACGCUACAGAACCAAGGAGAGGAGCAGCAGGUGCAGCAAACCAGAACUGGCCCGUAAGGAGGAGUGUCGGGGCUGGGACCUCCUCUGAUGGAGCUGCUGCUGCAGACCUCCCUCUGAACACUGCUGGGAUCUUCUCCUCCUGAUGCUGAGGACUCUGCAGGGAGCGGGGGGGUUUAUUGUUUCAUUUCUCUUCAGGAAGACUCGUGUCCUGAAGAAGCUUGUAGCCGAAACGCUGAAAAACUGAGUUGCAGGGAUUUUCUGAUCUGCCUUUGCUCCAUCUAAUGCCUCUAUUAUUCUUUAUCUUUAGUAAAAAUCUAACUCAAUUGUAGCUGACGCAGAACAGGCUGUUUUAUUGUGUUAUUUUCUUGUGUUUACUAAGACUACAGAUCUGUCAUGUUACUGACAUCUAUUGGUGCAUUUGAGUACUGCGCCUAGGCACGGAACACGUGAUCAAUUAAGAGACAAAAACGGACUUAUGGUUUAAAAACUUCUAAAUGUUUGGUUUGAAGACGCACACGGUAUGUUUAUGGAUUUUUUAGAAUAAAUGUUCAUGGAUCCUGAUGCUUAGAGCUUCAGCUCACACUUUGUUCUUCUACACAAAAUAAAGAAUCAGUUAAUCGCUUCA